GGUGCUCUUUAUGGCAUGUGGCUGGUAACUUUUUUCCUGCUGUACUCUUUGCAAAAAGCACACACUGAAGAUGUUGGAACCAGUCUCUACUUUGUGAACGACUCUAUCCAGCAGGUGACCUUCUCCAGCACAGUUGGGGUGGUGAUCCCCUGCCCCGCAGCAGGGUCACCCAGCGCCGCCCUUCGCUGGUACCUCGCCACAGGGGACGACAUCUAUGAUGUACCGCACAUCCGGCAUGUCCAUGCCAAUGGGACUUUGCAGCUCUACCCCUUCUCGCCAUCAGCCUUCAAUAGCUUUAUCCACGACAAUGACUACUUCUGUACCGCGGAGAACUCGGCGGGCAAAAUCAGGAGCCCCAAUAUCCGCGUUAAAGCAGUUUUCAGGGAACCUUACACCGUCCGGGUGGAGGAUCAAAGGUCAAUGCGUGGAAACGUGGCUGUCUUCAAGUGCCUCAUCCCUUCUUCAGUGCAGGAAUAUGUUAGCGUUGUGUCCUGGGAGAAAGAUACUGUUUCAAUCAUCCCAGAAAAUAGGUUUUUUAUUACUUUUUAUGGAGGUUUGUACAUAUCGGACGUGCAGAAGGAAGAUGCCUUGUCCACCUACAGGUGUAUCACCAAGCACAAGUACAGUGGAGAGACACGCCAGAGCAAUGGGGCUAGGCUCUCCGUGUCAGACCCAGCAGAAUCCAUUCCUACCAUCCUAGAUGGCUUUCAGUCCAGGGAGGUAAAGGCAGGCCAGCUGGUGGAGCUUCCAUGCAUCGCCUCUGGGUACCCGAACCCAGCCAUCCGGUGGAUCAAGGACGGGCGCCCACUCCCUGCAGACAGCAGGUGGACCAAGCGCAUCACAGGACUGACAAUCAGUGACCUGCGCGUGGAGGACAGUGGGAUGUACAUCUGUGAGGUCACAAACACCUUCGGGUCGGCAGAGGUCACCGGGACCCUCACAGUCAUAGACCCUCUGCACGUGAGCCUCACGCCAAAGAAGCUGAAGACCGGCAUUGGCAGCACAGUCAUCCUCUCCUGCGCCCUCAGCGGCUCGCCCGAGUACGCCCUCCGCUGGUACCGCAACACAGACUUGGUGGUGCUGGACGACUACAUCUCCAUCCGGGGGAUUAGCAACGAGACCCUCCUCAUCACUGCCGCCCAGAAGAGCCACUCUGGGGCCUACCAGUGUUUCGCCACCCGGAAAGCCCAAACGGCGCAGGACUUCUCCCUCAUCGCGCUGGAGGACGGGACCCCCCGGAUCGUCUCCUCCUUCAGCGAGAAAGUGGUCAACCCGGGCGAGCAGUUCUCCCUGAUGUGUGCCGCCAAAGGCGCUCCCCCACCCACCAUCACCUGGGCCUUGGACGAUGAGCCCAUCCAGAGGGACAACGGGCACCGCACCAAUCAGUACACCAUGUCGGACGGCACCACCGUGAGCCACAUGAACGUGACCAGCCCGCAGAUCAAGGAUGGAGGGGUGUACCGGUGCGCCGCGCGGAACUCGGUGGGCAGCGCCGAAUACCAAGCGCGAAUAAACGUAAGAGGUCCCCCGAGUAUCCGAGCCAUGAAGAAUAUAACGGCAGUGGCGGGUAGGGACACCUUCAUCAACUGCAGGGUGAUCGGGUAUCCAUACUAUUCCAUCAAGUGGUACAAGGACGCCGUGCUGCUGCCAGAUAACCACCGCCAGGUGGUCUUUGAGAACGGGACCCUUAAGCUGAUGGAUGUGCAGAAGGGUAUGGAUGAAGGGGAGUAUCUCUGCAGCGUCCUGAUCCAGCCGCAGCUCUCCAUCAGCCAGAGCGUCCACGUUACCGUGAAAGUCCCUCCCCUGAUCCAGCCCUUCGAGUUCCCACCGGCCUCCAUCGGCCAGCUCCUCUACAUCCCCUGCGUGGUCUCCUCGGGGGAUAUGCCCAUCCGCAUCACCUGGCGGAAGGAUGGGCAGGUGAUCAUCUCUGGCUCGGGGGUCACUAUUGAGAGCAAAGAGUUCAUGAGCUCCCUGCAGAUCUCCAGCGUCUCCCUCAAGCACAACGGCAACUACACGUGCAUCGCCAGCAACGCCGCCGCCACCGUCAGCCGUGAGCGGCAGCUGAUCGUGCGAGUGCCGCCUCGUUUCGUGGUCCAGCCCAACAACCAGGACGGCAUCUAUGGCAAAGCAGGGGUGUUGAACUGCUCUGUGGAUGGGUAUCCCCCUCCCAAGGUCAUGUGGAAGCAUGCAAAAGGAAGCGGGAACCCCCAGCAGUACCAUCCUGUGCCCCUCACGGGCCGCAUUCAAAUCCUUCCCAACAGCUCACUGCUCAUUCGCCACGUGCUGGAGGAGGACAUCGGCUAUUACCUUUGCCAGGCCAGCAAUGGCGUGGGGACGGACAUCAGCAAGUCCAUGUUCCUCACCGUCAAGAUCCCAGCCAUGAUCACUUCCCAUCCCAACACGACCAUCGCGAUCAAGGGCCAGAUGAAGGAGUUGAAUUGCACAGCCCGAGGGGAGCGGCCAAUCAUCAUUCGCUGGGAGAAAGGCGACACUGUCAUCGACCCCGACCGCAACAUGAGAUAUGCCAUCACCACCAAGGAUAACAGUGACGAGGUCAUUUCAACGCUCAAGCUUAAACCAGCCGACCGGGGGGACUCCGUCUUCUUCUCCUGCCAUGCGAUCAAUUCUUAUGGUGAAGAUAGAGGGUUGAUCCAGCUCACUGUCCAAGAGCCUCCUGACCCUCCAGAGCUGGAGAUUCGUGAGGUGAAAGCCCGAAGCAUGAACUUGCGCUGGACUCAGAGAUUUGAUGGAAACAGCAUCAUCACUGGCUUUGAUAUCGAAUACAAGAAUAAAUCUGAUUCCUGGGAUUUUAAGCAAUCUACCCGCAACAUCUCUCCCACCAUUAACCAGGCUAAUAUAGUGGACCUGCACCCAGCCUCCGUGUACAGCAUCCGCAUGUACUCCUUCAACAAGAUCGGGCGCAGCGAGCCGAGCAAGGAGCUCACCAUCAGCACUGAGGAAGCAGCUCCGGAUGGGCCCCCAAUGGAUGUCACCUUGCAGCCAAUGACAUCGCAGAGCAUCCAGGUCACCUGGAAGGCCCCAAAGAAAGAACUCCAGAAUGGGGUGAUCCGUGGCUACCAGAUUGGCUACCGGGAAAACAGCCCCGGCAGCAACGGGCAAUACAGCAUUGUGGAGAUGAAGGCCACGGGGGACAGUGAGGUCUACACUUUGGACAACCUGAAGAAGUUUGCACAGUAUGGGGUCGUGGUGCAGGCGUUCAACCGCGCAGGGACGGGGCCCUCCUCCAGUGAGAUCAAUGCCACCACGCUCGAGGAUGUUCCCAGCCAGCCCCCGGAGAACGUGAGGGCAUUAUCCAUCACGUCAGAUGUGGCUGUGAUCUCCUGGUCGGAGCCCCCGCGCAGUACCCUGAAUGGCGUGCUCAAGGGGUACAGGGUGAUCUUCUGGUCUCUCUAUAUGGACGGAGAGUGGGGGGAGAUGCAGAACAUCACCACCACGCGGGAGCGAGUGGAGUUGCGGGGAAUGGAGAAGUUCACCAACUACAGCGUCCAGGUUCUGGCAUACACGCAGGCCGGCGACGGUGUCCGCAGCAGCGUCCUCUACAUCCAGACCAAGGAGGACACAGAGCAAGCCAUACAGCAACUCUUCUACCGCAUCGCCCACCUCAACCGCGGGCAGCAGUACAUGCUGUGGGUGGCGGCCGUGACCUCGGCGGGACGUGGCAACAUCAGUGAAAAGGUCACCAUUGAGCCUGCUGGGAAAGCCCCAGCCAAGAUCAUUUCCUUCGGCGGCACCGUCACCACUCCGUGGAUGAAGGACGUGAGGCUGCCGUGCAAUUCGGUUGGGGAGCCGGCCCCUGCCAUUAAAUGGACCAAGGACAGUGAGGAUUCUGCCAUCCCGGUGGCAGUGGAUGGGCACCGGCUGAUCCAGGCCAACGGCACACUGGUCCUGCGCUCGGUGAAAGCAGAGGAUUCUGGGUAUUACACCUGCACCGCCACCAACACCUGGGGCUUUGAUACCAUCAUCAUCAACCUGCUGGUGCAAGUUCCCCCGGACCAGCCGCGCUUGACUGUAUCUAAAACCUCCGCUUCAUCCAUCACGUUGGCCUGGAUUCCUGGGGACAACGGCGGCAGCUCCAUCAGAGGCUUUGUGCUGCAGUACUCGGUGGACAACAGCGAGGAGUGGAAAGACGUGUUCAUCAGCUCCACCGAGCGCUCGUUCAAGCUGGACAGCCUCAAGUGCGGCACGUGGUACAAGGUGAAGCUGGCAGCUAAGAACAGCGUGGGGGCCGGCCGGAUCAGUGAGAUCAUUGAGGCCAAGACACACGGCAGAGAGCCCUCCUUCAGCAAGGACCAGCACCUCUUCACCCACAUUAAUUCUACGCACGCCAGGCUGAACCUGCAGGGCUGGAGCAGCGGGGGCUGCCCCAUCAUGGCCAUUGUCCUGGAGUACCGGCCCAAGGGCAACUGGGUCUGGCAGAGCCUCAAGACGAACAGCUCCAGUGAGCUCUUCCUGACGGAGCUGCGCGAGGCCACCUGGUACGAGCUGCGGAUGAAGGCCUGCAACAGCGCCGGCUGCGGUAACGAGACCGCCCAGUUCGCCACGCUGGACUACGACGGCAGUACCAUACCCCCAAUCAAAUCUGCUCAGGGGGAGGGGGACGACGUGAAGAAGCUUUUCACCAUCGCCUGCCCUGUGAUCCUGGCCACGCUCGGGGUGGCCCUGCUCUUCAUCAUCCGGAAGAAGAGGAAGGAGAAGCGUCUGAAGAGAUUGCGAGAUGCAAAGAGCUUGGCAGAAAUGCUAAUAAGCAAGAAUAACCGGAGCUUUGACACACCAGUGAAAGGGCCCCCCCAGGGGCCUCGGCUGCACAUCGAUAUUCCUCGUGUCCAGCUGCUCAUUGAGGACAAGGAGGGCAUCAAGCAGUUGGGGGAUGAUAAAGCUACAAUACCAGUGACAGACACAGAGUUCAGCCAAGCUGUGACUCCCCAGAGCUUCUGCACUGGGGUAUCCUUGCACCAUCCAGCUCUGAUACAGAACACCGGACCCUUGAUCGACAUGUCUGACAUUCGACCCGGAACCAACCCAGUUUCCCGUAAGAGCGUGAAAUCUGCGCACAGCACCCGGAACAGGUACUCCAGCCAAUGGACUCUCACCAAAUGCCAGGCGUCUACUCCGGCACGUACUCUUACAUCAGACUGGAGGACUGUGGGAUCCCAGCAUGGAAUUACAGUCACAGAGAGUGACAGCUACAGCGCCAGUUUAUCUCAGGAUACGGACAAAGGGCGGAACAGCAUGGUGUCUACAGAGAGCGCCUCAUCCACCUACGAGGAGCUGGCACGAGCCUAUGAGCACGCCAAGCUCGAGGAGCAAUUGCAGCACGCCAAGUUCGAGAUCACAGAGUGCUUCAUCUCCGAUAGCUCUUCCGACCAAAUGACCACGGGGACCAAUGAGAACGCAGACAGCAUGACGUCCAUGAGCACCCCGUCCGAGCCCGGUAUCUGCAGGUUCACCGCCUCCCCGCCCAAGCCACAGGACAGCGACAGAGGCAAGAACGUGGCAGUGCCCAUCCCACACAGAGCUAACAAGAGCGAUUACUGCAACCUUCCCUUGUACAUGAAAUCAGAAGCAUUCUUCCGCAAGCCUGACAUCCACGAUCCUUGUCCAGUGGUCCCGCCCAGGGAAGCCUCCAUCCGAAACCUAGCCAGGGCUUAUCACACGCAAGCGAGGCAUCUGACGCUAGACCCAGGCAGCAAGCCUUUGGGCCUGCCACACCCGGGCUCCUCCACAACUACUUUACCUCAAAGAACUCUCACCAUGCCUGUCUCAGCAAACUCCGCUUCUGCUACUGUUGCUGCUGCUUCUGCUCCUGCCGCCGAUCCCACUGCUGCCACCAGCGCUGAGCCACGCAUGCCCACACACACCAAAAUGGGAGGCUCUAGAGACUCUUUACUAGAAAUGAGCACAUCCGGUAUAGGGAGAUCUCAAAAACAAGGGGCUGGAGCAUACUCCAAAUCCUACACUCUUGUGUAG